UUCAGAAAUAUGAAUAUCCCUUUUAAUUCGGUCUCAAAAAUACAAUGGAGGAAUCCAUCACCAGUUAGUGACACGUCAUGUCUUGUCUGUGGAGAUCCACAUGGAAAACGACAUUAUGGCGCAAUGUCGUGUAAUGGAUGCAAAGGAUUUUUUAGAAGAAGCAUUUGGGAGAAACGAACCUAUAAAUGCAGUUUCAAUAAUGAGUGUAUUAUUGAGUUCAAAUACCGUAAUCGGUGCAGAGCAUGCCGUUUGAAAAGAUGUCUACAUGUUGGAAUGGAUGCUAAUGCUGUUCGAAGUGAGAGGACAAGAAAAAUCAAAACAGAAAUUGAUGGAGAUGUUAAGUUGGAAAUAAAAGAAGAACCUGCAGAUUCAGAAGAUGCUGAUGAUGAAUGUCCAUUGGAUAUUAAACCCGAUAUUGCUAUGGCAUGGCAGACAAAAGAAAUAAUUGCACAUAUGCUGUAUGAGGAAGAUCGAGUUCUGAACUGGGAGGAACCAUAUAAUAAGUUACGGUACUACACAAUGGAUUCAGAAGUCUUACAGGCCAUCAAAGACCCAUCACAAGUUUGUGCACGAACAAAGAUAAAUUGGAACAGUCAUUCUCGUCCUUUAAUCACUAUUGAAGCUCUCAGAUUUAAUUGGUGUCGAACAUUUACACUCACAAUUGAUUGGUUUGAAACAUUACCAGAAUAUAGGGCGCUCAUCGAUGAUGACAAAGAACUUUUGGUAAAAUUUUCGUUGAUGCCGGUUGGUUGGUUGUGGUAUGCAUACAAAUCAUAUGAAUACCGUUGUGAUGGAAUUGUAUUUGUGGAUGGAAGCUGGUUCCCAAGAGAUAAAACUAUUCAACAACAAGUUUGUCCGACAUGUGUACUGUAUUAUGGUCGUAUAACGGAAUCAUUUAUGGCAGAUGUUGUGAAUUCAAUGAAAGAAUUAGAAAUGGAUGAAACAGAAAUGGUUCUACUAAAAGCAAUAUGUCAUCUUCAACCGGAUUAUCGUCUAACACGACGUGGAAAUGACGUCAUCUCAACUGGAAGAGAGAAAUACAAGAGAGCACUUUGUGAAUAUAUUCGAAUGAAAUCAAAUGGAUUUAUGGAUGCUUCAUUUCGAUUAUGUAAAUUGAUGCAAAUUUUACCUGUUGUAGAUAUUCUCGGAAAGUAUGAAGAUGAAAGUGCACUACUGGUCUCACUCGGUGAAACAGAAUUCAAUGGCUCAGGAGGUGGACUUCCAUAUGACAUUCAUGCAAGCGAUUCUCAUUUUGCAAGGAAAAAUCGACGAAAAUCUGAUAAUCAAUAUCAUCAACAACAUGUUCCGCUGCACAUUCAAUGAUCUCAAUUGAUAAUGUAUAUUUUUGUGUGAUAUAUCUACAUUAUAAAACCUGUGAUCUU